AGACCAAAAUUGAAAAAAUGGUUGAGCUCACCCAGCUAAUGGAAAAUGAGGCAUUCAUGGCCUUUGCCUCCUAUGCAACAAUUAUUCUUUCAAAAAUGAUGUUUAUGAGUACCGCAACUGCAUUCUAUAGAAUAACAAGAAAG